AUGUCGAGGCACGCAAAACGGUACCGAAAGCAGUGGCGAAAGCCAAAGCUGAUUCCUGGGAAAAGUGUUGUGUUGGAGUCGGGAGUUGUCGUACCCGUAUUCAAGAAGGGAGACCACAAGGGAUUUUUCACUUAUAGGACCAUUACGUUAUUGAUACUCCCAGGUAAAGUCUACGCAAAGGUGCAAGAAAGAAGGUGCCGCGAAAUAGCUGUACUCAAGAUCGAAGAAGAACAGUGUGGUCGUUCCGGCCCGGUCGAAGCAUCUCUGAUCAUAUAUUUGCUCUGCGCCAGAUUGUUGAGAAAUCGUCAGAGUACGCCCGUCCAACGUACAUGUGUUUUGUUGACCUAG